AUGGCACAAAACAACCCCAACUGGAUAGCAUUUACAGUAGAAUUCACUGGUGGCCUGGAAAUUUUAUUUGACAAUGAGCGCAAACAUAAUGUGACCUUGCCAGCUCAAUUAAGUGAUGGCAACCCACCAAACAUAUCCUUUCUCCUCCAGUACUUGGUCGAUAACUUGAUGAAGGACCAAAGAAAGGAACUUUUUGUACUAGAGGAUAACGUACGGCCGGGGAUCCUUGUGCUUAUCAACGAUGCCGAUUGGGAGCUAGAGGGCGAGGAGAAAUACGAGAUUCAACAAGGAGAUACCAUUGUAUUCGUUUCUACGCUACAUGGAGGAUAA